CCUGCUCCUAAACCUGCAAAGUCAUCAUCAUCUGACUCAGACUCUGAUGAUGAGAGUGAACAUGGAAAAAAAGUACCACAGAGUUCUAAACCAGGCAAAACAGAUGUUAUGAAACUAAAAGGGAUUAAACAAAAACAAGAGCAAUCAUCAAGUGAUGAUUCUUCUUCAAGUGAUGAAGAAAAAGCCAAGGAAAAAGUAGCUAUUCCAAAGAAAACUGAGGCAAAGAAGGCAGCAAAUCCAAGUUCAUCUUCAUCUGAUUCAAGUUCAGAGUCGUCUGAAGAUGCAAACAAAAAGACAAAUGGCAAAGCCUCUCAGCCCAUCACUAAGGUGUCAGAAGAAAAGAAGGAAAAAAAGUCUGGUAAACAUUCCUCUGAUUCAAGUUCAAAAUCUUCCAGUAAAAUUGUAAAGCAGAAAACUAAGCCCUCAAAGGCUGACACAGAGAAGAAAAAGACAAAGGAUAUAAAACUCACAGCAGCCUCGUCAGAUUCAAGUUCAGAUUCUUCUGAUGAAGAAGAAGCAGAUCCAAAAACCAAACCCCAGUCUAAAAACACAUUGGGAAAGAGGAAUGGAAAAUCCAACAAAGAAUCCUCUGAUUCAGACUCAGAUUCAUCUGAUGAUGAAGAUAAACAACCAAGCACCCAACCCCUGCAGGUCAUCACAAAGAAGGCAGAGACAAAAAAGGAUGGAAAAUUAUCCAAGAAAGAAUCAUCUGACUCAAGUUCAGAUUCUUCUGAUGAUGAGGAUAAAAAACCAAGCACCAAACGCUCACAGCCUGUCACAAAGACAGUAGAGGCAAAGAAAGAUGGAAAAACUGGUAAAAGGUCCUCUGAUUCAAGCUCAGAUUCAUCUGAUGAUGAAGAUAACAAAACAGAUGCAAAACACUUGCAGCUUCCCACAAAGAGGGCAGAAACAAAAAAUGGUGGAAAAUUAUCCAAGAAAGAAUCUUCUGACUCAAGCUCAGAUUCUUCUGAUGACGAAGAUAAAAAACCAAGCACCAAACGCUCACAGGUCAUCACAAAGAAAGCAGAGACAAAAAAGGAUGGAAAAAUAUCCAAGAAAGAAUCUUCUGACUCAAGCUCAGAUUCUUCUGAUAAUGAGGAUAAAAAACCAAGCUCCAAACCCUCACAGGUCAUCACAAAGAAAGCAGAGACAAAAAAGGAUGGAAAAAUAUCCAAGAAAGAAUCUUCUGACUCAAGCUCAGAUUCUUCUGAUGACGAGGAUAAAAAACCAAGCUCCAAACCCUCACAGGUCAUCACAAAGGAAGCAGCAGUAAAAAAGGAUGGAAAACCCAAGAAAGAUUCCUCUGAGUCAAGCUCAGAUUCAUCAGAUGAGGAGGAUAAUAAAGUAACCAAGCAAAAAGCAACUCAGUCUGAUUCUGAAUCAUCAGAUUCCAGCUCUGAUGGGGAUCAGCUAGCAUCAGCUACAACAAAGAUCAGUGGAGCAUCAAAGAAAGAGGAAUCAAGUUCAGAUGAGUCCGAUGAAGAAAUGAAGAAAAACACAAAAAGAAAAAGAAGUUCAUCAGAAAAUUCUAGCUCAGAUGAGGAGGAAGUAGCAGAGAAAGCAUCCAAGAAGGCUAAAAAGGUAUGUUAAGGACCUACCAGUACUAACAUGCUGUGUGUUAUUACAUGGCUUCAAUAGUAUGCGCACUCAGCUCUGAUUGGCUGCUAAGCGGGCAUUAUUUUCUUGUAAUGACCAGGCAUUACCAGCUAGGUGUCCAAGGCAUGUACAAUCUGUGUUUAACUUGACAGUGGACAAAGUGGACAUCCUUACGGAGAUCCAUGUUAUGGUAUCUGCUUACCAGUGUGACUUGACUGUAUUACGGGCUCAGGUGUUAAAAUCAUUGGGGUGACGUGUUUUUUAAUUGUUAUCCGCUCACCUAUUAUUGAUUUUAAUUGAUCACAGGCUCAGGUCCAUAAUGAAAAGGGCAUUUAAUAACUUAUUAACCUCGUCCGUUCACUCAUAACAUGGAAAUCUCAGACCUCAGCCUUGCCUCAGUCUUAGAUUUCCCUCUAAUGACUGCACUUUUGGUUUAUAAGUGGUAUUUAAUCCUUAAGUUUCUGUACUUUCUUAAUAUGAGCUGAGCUGAUUGAUGGGAGCAGAAUGUUCAUUUAUAAAUGUUACACUUAUAUAAGUACAUGUACGUCCUGUAAAAAUAAAUAUUUGGUUAAUCACGAAAACUACCUCUUUUAAGGAAUUUUCCAAUGAUGUUGAGGGAGUUGCUGAAAAGAAAAAGAAGAGAAAAGUAAAUGAAGGCGACAACGAGGGUUCUGGAGGCAAGAAACUGAAGCAUGAUGAGACGGGGUCUGAAAAACAAAGUAAGUUGUCUUUAUUCUUAAACAUUAUACCACCAUACAUUUCUUUUAUCUUAUUACAAGUGAACUGUGAGAAACUGUAUUUCACUAUUAGUUUUUAAAAGGGCAUUAUUUAAAUUAUUAGUUGGAAGCUAAAAUAUACUUAUAAUUAAACAGAAACACACAAAAGUAAAGAAAGAUACCUGUGAAGUUCACAACAGUGGUGGAAUUAGCGGAUGGUAUGGGUUGGUGGGCCCCACCUUAUUUUUAGGCCAAACGGAGGCCCUCAGGGCCAAGUAAAAAUUUUUUUAGGCUGGGCCCCACUCUUAUAUCUUCAGGUCUGGCUGAGUAUGCCCCUCAUGUACUUAAUGAUCUGAAUCCACCACUGCAAGGGUCCUAUAUAAAAUAAUAUUGUUAUGUAUCGGUAAUAGCAUAAUUUGUAUUGAUAUGUGACAUAAAUACCACGAGUGAUAUUUCAAAAUUGUUAUACGUAAUUUCAUGAGCCAUUAGGCGAGUGAAAUUUGAGACAGUUUUGAAAUAUCACGAGUGGUAUUUAUGCCAAAUAUCACAUACAAAUCCUGCUAUUAUUUGUUAAUUCUACUACCUGCAAAAGGUUUGUAAUUUUCACAUGUAGGUAUUUCAAAUUAAGCAGAAAUACCACUGCUCUAAGCCAAUCAAAUUGCAGAAAUUUCUCAUGUAUUAGUAUAAUACUAAUUGCAUGAAGUACUCUUGUAUUGUUAUUUCAGUUUCCAUAUUUGUUGGAAAUCUGUCUUUUGACACAAAUGAAGAAACACUGCAGGGAUUUUUUGAAGAUAAUGCUUUGUCCCCCACCUCUACUAGAAUUGCUUAUGCUAAUGGAUCAUCAAGAGGGUAAGUUAUUAGUUUAUUGAUUUUGUCACACAACAUGCUUAGAUCAUUAUGCCAAAUAAUUUUUAUCACUUAGCAAAUACACGUAGCUUGAGACUCAAAAAUGCGUUUGUGCAAUGUAUACAUGUGUUACGGGUCAAAAUUAAAUUCAGGUUAAAAUUUUUUAACCAAGGUUGAUUCUCAAUUUCCUUUUUCUGCUAGCCCUAAUCCAUGAAUGACUAGGGCAAGAAGACAAAGAAAAUUAAAAAUCUAACUAGAUUAUAAAAAUUUUAACCUAAUUUUAAUUUUGGUGUGUAACAUAUGCACUAAAAAUCAGUCAACCACGUAGGUCAUGAGAGUCCUUGUAUUAUUAAGCAGUAUGAAGCUCACCUUUUGUUUAUACCAGUAAAGUGAACAAAAGGUAUUUAAUUUAAAGGUAAAAUCUGCAUUUUUAUGAUCAGUAAUAAUCAUUUUCUCUAUCAUAUAACCUACUGAGUUUGGAAAAUAAUGUAAUGUAUUCUUAUUAGCUACCUCAAGGUUUCUUUCAAACUUGUCAUGCAAGUUUCUGAUUUUUUAGCUAUCUCUAAGUCAUAACCUGCUGAGAGAUUAGACAAUCAGACUUCACCCCUGGACUCUUACUCAAAUCUAUGUAACCUUACUGUGAUCGGUUUUUUCUGUUCAUUCUGUUCCCUAUUUGCUUCCCCGUAUGAUUGCUUCAAUAAAAAAUUCUUGUAUCAUUGUUUUGUGUUUGUGUAUUUUUUUAAUCCCGGAAAUCCUACACUCAAGAAUUAAGUUUGCUAACCUUCCCACUUCUUAAAAUCACCAUUUAUUUAUUAACUGACAAAGCUAGCUAUUCAAAACUGUAAGUUGGAUUACACCAUUUUCAUGCAGUAAUAUGGGGUCCACACUUUGCUUUGCACAUAAAAUGGAAAAUGAAACUGCAGAAUUCAUAAGUUUAAUGUUAUGUUUUUCUUGCACUCCAGGUUUGGGUAUGUAGAUUUUGGCAGCCCUGAGGAAGGACAGAAAGCACUAGAGCUUAGUGGAUCAGAGAUUGAUGGUAGAGCAGUGAGAAUAGAUAAGGCAGAAUCAAGAGCUUCACCAAGGGGAGGUGGGCGUGGGGGCCGGGGCGGUGGUUUACGUGGACGCGGAAAAAGUACCCCAUCAAACACACUGAUCUGCAUUGGCCUGUCAUAUGACACAGAUAAUGAUUCAUUGAGCAGGGCUUUUCCAGACUGUGUUAGUGCACGAGUUAUAACGGACAGGGAGACUGGCAACCCAAGGGGGUAAGUAACAUUAGAGCAUAUUAAGCCCACUUGAGCCUCUGCUUUUUAGACCGAGCUUUACUCAAGUUGUUGUUUGCCCUGGAUUUCCUCAAAUCCCCUCAUUAAACAAAUCAUUAACGGUCCGAGCGGCUGUUAGGAACUUAAAACACCCUACCAGAUUUGUGUGGAAAUAAUAUUAUCUCCAUGAGAAUUCCCGUCUUUUGUAUUUUGUUUUGUUUAUUUUGAUUUCCGAAAACAUGAGAUGGAGUUAGUAGUAAGAUGAUGUCACUCUAUUAACUUUGCUGGAUACCCACUCCCCUCUUCUAGUGACGUUCCUGUCGGUUCCCUCGUAUACAGUAAUUAGAAUUACAUGAUUCCAACCCGAAAGCAAGCUGCUCCAGUACCAGAAGUAUAGAACCUCUGAAAUCGCCAUUCUCUGGUCACUUAACAAAGCCUUAUUUUAUCCAUUUCUUUCAGUUUUGGAUAUGUCGAGUUUGACAGUGUUGAUAUUGCCCAGGAUGCGAUGACCUCUAUGGAAGGGAAACAAGUUGAUGGUCGUUCCCUGCGACUUGACUUCGCAGCGCCAAGAGGGUCUACUCCAGGAAGUGGAAGUGGAGGUUUUAGAGGUGGUGGUAGAGGUGGCGGUAGAGGCGGUAGAGGUGGAAGAGGCGGUGGCAGAGGUGGAGGAAGAGGUAGGUUUUUUACGUUAUAUAAGUAUAUAAUAACCUGCCGUGAUUUACCAGAGGGCAACGAAGGAACUCGUUUCCUAACCCAAUUUGGUUGUCAUUUACAAGGAAAAAACUGAUCUUUUCUUGUUGUUAAAGUCAUCUAGCCGAAAUGUCCGACACAACACCCCGCCGUCUUCAAGAAAGUUUAACGAACUAAUUUUGUGUUUAUUUUCUGUAGGCUUUGGCAGAGGAGGAACCCCUGUAAACGCUGCCAGGAAAGGCAACAUACAAGAGUACAAAGGAACUAAAAUUUCGUUUGAUGAAUAA